AGAAAAUAAAAUGGCGUCCCGUUGAAGAUUCUACAGCGAAGAAAUAAUUGACGAGAUUUUCAUAUUCUGUGGCGAAAAUGGACGACACUUUUUAUUGCUCGUUCGUUAGCGCCGAUUAUAUAGUCUGUGAUUGCGGUGAAAGCUUUUCCGGCGAACAAAUGCUAAAAGAACAUUUGGAAAAAGGACAUAUCAAACAGGAAAUAAAACUGGUCCCGCGGAAGCCUGUACAAGUCCGAAAGUCUCCACUGAAGAAGAAGGAAUUGCAGCCUGUGGUGGUGUACGCCCAGGACCAACGGCAGGUGUACCUCACCAUGAAAGAGGUGCGACCCCCAGACAUGCAGACUGUUAUCAUCCAAAUGCCUUCAUCAGAAGAGUCAGGCAUUAAAACAGAAGCUGACAUAAAACAAGAGCUGGUGUACGAAGUUCCUUGCUUGGAAGGCCAGGAUGGCAUCCAGUACGUGCUGGAGACUGCGGAUGGACAGGUUGUUGAGGAAGUUCUCGAGGAUAAGAUACAGACGGACGACGCGGUCGCAGCGCUGGCUGCAGCGUCGGCGCAGAGCCCCCUCACGAGCGACCACGACUACAACAAUCGACCUCCUGCUGCACUCGACUUCUGUUACUUCUGCGACAAGUGCGGCAAGUGCUUCAACAGCGAGAAAUCGGUAACGCGACACGUGCAUUACGUGCACGAUCGUCCCAGGCAGCAGAAGAAGCUUUGCGAUACUUGCGGGAAGUGGCACGUGGUUUCGCGAACUUGUUCAUUGAUCCCCCACGUGCCGCGGCCGCGCGAUCACAGCGGUCAGCCCAAGAAGGCCGUCUGCGAUAUCUGCGGGAAGAACUACGCGUCAAACGCUGCUCUACGGUACCACCAACGAGUCCACACCGGGGAAAAACCCUACCACUGCACCGAGUGUCCAAAGUCCUUCACCAUGCCGUUCUUCCUGCAGAUCCACAUGCGCACGCACACAGGCGAACGGCCCUACCAGUGCGGCCAGUGCAGCAAAGCCUUCAGCAGCCGGGCCGCGCUGCUCAGGCACGAUCGGGUCCACUCCGGCGUAAAGCCAUACUCCUGUCCCGAGUGCAACAAGACGUUCUCGCAGUCGAACUCGAUGAAGCUCCACGUGCGAACGGUCCACCUCAAAUUGCCGACGCCUUACAAGAGCGCAGCAAGAAGGCUCAAGGCGCUGCAGAGAAAGGGAAGGGGAGGGGCGGUACAAGAAGUGCACAGCGAUUUCGGCGGCCUCCUGCCCGUGACGUAUAGACAACUUAAAGAGGAAGGAAUUCAAGUGCUUACUGUUAAAAAGUUGAAUAUGCUUAACUACGACAGCGAUGAGCGUCUUCAAAUCAAGUACACGAACGGCGACGACGACGACGAAGUCGAGUACGAAGAUGAAGACGACGAGGACGAGGAAGAGGAGGACGACGAAGCGGACGAGGAGGAGGAGUUGUACAAUGUCGUAUAAUCAUCACAUGUAUAGUGAAUCAGAAAAUCACGUCAAAUAGGCUAUUACCUAUCAAACAUUGCUAAACACACAGGCCUGUAUGAAUAAAUCCAUCAGAAGAAUUGGUAUUGUGAUU